CAAAAAGCGGUCAAACUUGUUAAACUUAAAAUAAAGCUUACAACGACGAUGUAUAUCAGAUUUAUGUUUUUAUUCCCCCAGCGCAUUGUAAAUAAAUAAAUAAAAACACCAAUUAUGUACGCUACAGGUACAACGUGUAAACCUUAACAAUGUAUUUUUAGAGAGAAAACAAGUGUGAGGUAUUUUAGAAAUCCUGUUAGUGUUUUUAAACCCUACCCCUUAACUUCCUGUGAAAAAUAAACAAAUGGAGCUGGAAACAAGGGACCAGGAGAAAACCCAAACAUGUACUCGUACUCAGGAUUUAAAAAAAACAAAAUGCCUGGAAGAAAAAGAAAAUACAACACAAGGUUUCCUCCCCUUUUUUUUCAUAACAGUCUCGUAUCAAGAAAAUAAUGCAAAAAGAUAAAGAAGUGGGUAAGGUUGCAGCUGCUGUACCUGUUAUUAUAUCCAGAGCUCUGGAGAUGUUUCUGAAGUCUCUUCUGACACAGACCAGUCAAAUCACCCAGUCCAAACACACCAGAACCAUGACCCAGGCGCACUUCAUGUUUUGUGAUUCUAGGAGGCAGUGCAUUAACACAGAGAAGAACUUUGAUUUCCUGAAGGAUCUGGCAGCUCAGUUACCAGCUCUCCGGCCCUCCCAGGAACAGGGCUUAGCCAAGGGAGUCUGGACAAGUCACAGGUGGCAGGAUCUGGGACAGAAAGCCAAGCGUGGUCCAACAUGGAAAGUUGGACCAUCAAAAAAGGUUGGGGAAUCUCAGAUUGUUACUAGCCAAAUGCAAGAUUCCAUGGAAACUCAGCCAGAUUCUGAUGACUCUGAACCAGAGCUAGUAAUCUGCCUGGAUAAAGGGGAGUCUCCAUCUCACAUCAGUAGGUGGAACACACAUUCUGGACGGUCAAGAUCCAGCUAUUUCAGCAGUUCUUGUACCCAUAAGAUCUUAUCAAAAUAAUCAACAAAGAAGGCCGACACUAAAAGCUACUGGAUUGCCAACUUUUAAAAAUAUAUAUAAAUAUGUAUAAAUAUAGAUUUAUGCAUAUAUAGAUCUUUAUUUUGAUAUUUAAAGUUUUAUCUUAAUAAUGUUAAUGUUAACAGUUUAAAAAAUAUGAAUUAAUAAGCUCCCACAGAUUAAGGAGGCAAAAAUUGUCAGGGACUGUUUCUCUUCACCACGCUACAGUGGACCCAGCAUGCCAGGUGCUCGUUUAGCUCAGUGGCUUUUCUGUUCAGGGCUUGUAGCUUGCAGCUUGCUGACAUCUGCUCGCCCACUGACUGUUUUGGGAAUUGGGGUAAAAUUAUUGGACACACUGAAUUUAUUUAUUUAAAAAAAAAAAAAAAAAACAUAGAAAAGGAAUCUUGUUUUUGAAUGACUUUGGAGUAGGUUUUCAAGUUGUGAUUGGCCUUCCCUAAAGUGUAAUGUGACUACGCCUAUGCUGAGCGACAAUAGAAUGAAAGUUUUAAAGGCCUUAUUUAUUCUGAAAAACAGUUGUGGCGUUAUAUAUAAUUUAUUUAGUUAUUUUUUAUGUUUUCUUUUUUGGUUAAAUGUGAAUAUUCAUGGGCUGAGAGACAUUAAUAUUAAGUUGUUUAGUUUUGCUUUCCUUAGAUUUUAGAGGGGUGUGCAAAUGAUAAAAUCCAGAUUGGAUCCCUGUUUUGUACAGAACCAAUUUGCAAGCAUUCAUUGGAUUAGAGAAUAUUAAAAAGUGAUGUUGUAAUAUAAACAAUUUUAUUCUGGCACUGACAAGUUUAGUUAAAUGUAUAAAACACUUGAGAUAAAACUGAUGUUACUAUGUUGUGAGGGGUAUGUUGUUGGUCAUUCACCGCAUAACAUUUAAAAAGCAUCUUCAGAUGUUCUUUAAUUUCUGUUUUACAUCUCCCUUACUAUUUGUAAUGGUAUUUGCAAUCAUCUGAGUGGCUCUGUUGUUCCAAUAUUAAUUUUUCUCUAAAUAUGCCUUUACCUUGCUUUGAUCUGGUUUAAGCCUGUCCAGAGAAUCCUAAGUGUCAGGCUUCCUCAUGCCAUCCAAAUCGUCUGACAAUGUGUUAUUUCAACUCUGCCAGCCCCCCAGCUCAAUUUCGGAGCAAGAGACCCCUGAACCACGCAGAAGAAUUGCAAACAACAUGAAAUAGUCAGGGUACUGUAAAUUUAAAUAAGCUUGGAAACUACUUGAUCUUCAAAUGAAUAGUGCUGGGUUGAAGGUCAACAGUACAAGCACUUAAGAUAAUUUAAAUAAAAAUGAAAAGAAAAUUGCAGUAAACUGCUUUUUCAGUCAUUACCAAUGAAAUAAACCAAUACAACAUCAAUACUGCCCAGAUAAAGCAGCGCUGUCAUGGAUGUGGUACUGUUUUUUUGUUUAUCUUGUAAGUUUUAAAAUUUUAGAGCAAGUUGAAAUCAAAGUGCCUUAACCAUGUUCUGUACUUCGUCUCAGCUAGCAGAAAAAACUACUCCCAUUAAAAAUGUAAAUCUGUAUAAAUGUAUAUAGAAGAAAAUCUGUUAAACUGCAAAAGAUAAUGUGAUGUAAAUGCCUGUGAAGAUGACAUGCAUUAUUUUUUCAAGCUGUAUUGCUUAAUGUUACCUGCCCAAGAUUGCAGAAUAAAUAUUGUCAUUUUCUAGAAAAUACAAUGCUUGUGAUUGCAUUCCUCUAUGUACAAAGACCCUGGCUUGAUUUGUUUCUAAAGUGACAAGCACAAACACAUCC